GCAGGACCCCGACAGUCUUCGUUACAAGUACAACUUCAUCGCUGACGUGGUGGAGAAGAUUGCCCCGGCCGUGGUUCAUAUUGAACUGUACCGCAAGAUGAUAUUCUCCAAGCGGGAGGUGGCGGUCGCCAGCGGCUCCGGGUUCGUUGUGUCAGAGGACGGACUCAUCGUCACUAACGCCCACGUCGUGGCCAACAAGCACAGAGUAAAGGUGGAGCUGAAGAGCGGAGCCACAUUUGACGCAAAGAUUAAAGACAUUGACGAGAAGGCCGACAUCGCUCUGAUCAAGAUCAAUGCACCGAUGAAGCUGCCGGUGCUGCUGCUCGGCCGGUCGUCGGACCUGCGUCCCGGCGAGUUUGUGGUCGCCAUCGGCAGCCCCUUCUCCCUGCAGAACACCGUCACCACAGGCAUCGUCAGCACCACCCAGAGGGGAGGCAAGGAGCUGGGCCUUCGAAACUCUGACAUGGAUUACAUCCAGACCGACGCCAUCAUCAAUUACGGCAACUCAGGAGGACCACUAGUGAAUCUGGACGGAGAGGUGAUUGGCAUCAACACUCUGAAGGUCACAGCUGGAAUCUCCUUCGCCAUCCCCUCAGUUAAGAUCAGGCAGUUUCUGGCAGAGUCACAUGACAGACAGGCCAAAGGUAAAACAUCCCCGAAGAAGAAAUUCAUUGGCGUUAAAAUGAUGAGUCUCACUCCAGCGUUGGCCAGCGAGCUGAAGGAGAGGCAGUCAGACUUCCCAGACGUAACCUCCGGGGCGUACGUCAUCGAGGUCAUCAGCAGGACUCCGGCGGAGGCUGCUGGCCUGCAGGAGAGUGAUGUCAUCAUCAGCAUCAACGGCGAGCGAGUCACCUCGGCCAGCGAUGUCAGCGGCGCCAUAAAGAGGGAGGACACGCUGCGAACGGUAGUGAGGCGAGGCAACGAGGACGUCAUGCUCACCAUCAUCCCCGAGGAGAUCGAGCCUUGACCUCACAGCCGACUGAACAAACAAACAGCUCCACAGCUCGGCACACCUCCAGCUGGUUCGCAGAGGUUUUCAACCAAUCAGGAACAUUUUGAAAAACCAAGCAACCUGUCAGGGCCACACCUACUGUGUAAAAGAACUUGUAGUUAUUAGUACGACUACUCCUCUUCAAAGAUCCGACCCUGGAAAGUGAACGUGCUUCUCAACUUGGUUUUACUUUUUCCUCUAAUCCUCCAUCUUUUUUAUUCUACUAACACAAUCUGUGACGACAAAGCAGUUACUGCAGGUUUCCGUAGUUUUGUUGUGAAUGUUCUUGAGGGAAUAUUUUUUAAUAGUAUUGUUGUUUCUAUGUGUUUGUUGACAAUUUUUCAGAAAAGGGAAUAAAUAAAUUUUUUUAAGGUGUUGUCUUCAUUAACAGCGUUGGUGGGAUGAGUGUCAGUCGAACUGCAC